GCUCCGAGACCAAUGGCUUACGGCGAGAGGCGCGGGGGCGGGGAAGAUCGACCGCAUACCCAACCCGAGGCCCGGGAGGUGGUUGGGGAGUGAAUUUUCUGGAAGGCGACUUUAAAAGCGACGGGCCAGAGCGAAGGGCGUUUCGGUGCCGCCACCGCCCGGGCCGGGUAGUGGGCGCGUUGGUGGCCGGAAGCGAGCUGCACCGAGGUCGUCGCGGAACCAGCUGGUGACCCUCGCAGGAUGAACCACAAGAGCAAGAAGCGGAUCCGCGAGGCCAAGCGGAGUGCGCGGCCGGAGCUGAAGGACUCGCUGGACUGGACCCGGCACAACUACUACGAGAGCUUCUCGCUGAACCCGGCGGCAGUGGCGGAUAAUGUGGAAAGGACAGACGCGUUACAACUGUCGGUGGAAGAAUUUGUGGAACGAUAUGAAAGACCUUACAAGCCCGUGGUUCUACUGAAUGCCCAAGAGGGCUGGUCUGCUCAGGAGAAAUGGACCCUGGAGCGCCUUAAAAGGAAAUACCGGAACCAAAAGUUCAAGUGCGGUGAGGAUAAUGAUGGCUACUCAGUGAAGAUGAAGAUGAAAUACUAUAUCGAGUAUAUGGAGAGCACUCGAGAUGACAGCCCCCUUUACAUCUUUGACAGCAGCUACGGCGAACACCCCAAAAGAAGGAAACUUCUGGAAGACUACAGGGUCCCCAAGUUUUUCACUGAUGACCUUUUCCAGUAUGCAGGGGAGAAGCGCAGGCCCCCUUACAGGUGGUUUGUGAUGGGGCCACCACGCUCUGGAACUGGAAUUCACAUCGACCCUCUGGGAACCAGUGCCUGGAAUGCCUUAGUUCAAGGCCAUAAGCGCUGGUGCCUGUUUCCCACAAGCACGCCCAGGGAGCUCAUCAAGGUGACCCGGGAAGAAGGAGGGAACCAGCAAGAUGAAGCUAUUACCUGGUUUAAUAUCAUUCAUCCCCGGACACAGCUUCCAACCUGGCCGCCUGAAUUCAAACCACUGGAAAUCUUACAAAAACCAGGAGAGACUGUCUUUGUACCAGGAGGCUGGUGGCACGUUGUCCUCAAUCUUGACACCACUAUUGCCAUCACCCAAAAUUUUGCCAGCAGCACCAACUUCCCUGUUGUAUGGCACAAGACAGUAAGAGGGAGACCAAAGUUAUCAAGGAAAUGGUAUAGGAUCUUGAAGCAAGAACACCCUGAGUUGGCCGUCCUUGCCGACUCUGUUGACCUCCAAGAAUCCACAGGGAUCGCCUCAGACAGCUCCAGUGACUCCUCCAGCUCCUCCAGCUCCAGCUCGUCCAACUCGGAUUCCGAGUGUGAGUCUGGGUCUGAAGGCGACGGGACAAUGCACCGCAGGAAGAAGAGGAGGACGUGCAGCCUGGUGGGGAAUGGGGACACCACCUCCCAGGAUGACUGUGUGAGCAAAGAGCGCAGCUCCUCCAGGAUUAGGGACACUUGUGGAGGCCGGGCUCACCCCUGAGCAGAUAGAGACUCUCCCCAAGGUGGCUCCCGUGUGAGCUGUCAGUGCCACCCAACUCAGUUUUCACGUCUUCUGCUCCUACCUUCUCCUUUGUCUGCUGUGAAUUUGGAUAACCCUUCUCUGGUCCAAGCUGCCGUCUUCACACAAACACUGUUUUUACUGCAUACUAAGAAUAGAUUGCCCAGAAGUUUAAAAACUCGGCAAGCACAGUGAAACCCUGACACUCUGAAGGCUGGCGUGAUGUGGGGUAAGAAGGUUCGGUGCUGCCUCCUUGAAAACCAAGCUGGCCAACCACGAGGCUGGGAAGCUGGGCUCCUUUGGACGUGGUGUAUCAUCUGUUACCUCGCUGAUGUGGGUAAAGAGCUUCACUGCCCACAGAGCAGCUGCAAGCGAACCAGCAGACACUAAGAGUGGUGAGCCGACUCUGAUCUGUGUGUGAAUCCAUUCCAGUAAGAAGUACCGUGACUGUGCGACCAUCCUGUAUGUCUCCAUGUGUCCAAAAACACAUUCAUGGCAAUACCCAGCCUGCGGUUCCUGUGCGGCUCACUGCUGCCUCGUAGUAGUGCUUAGAAUUUGUUCACCUUUUCUCCACAAUCAGAGAGGCUGUUCAAUUGCAGGAAUGUUCUGGAUAGUGUAUUUUUGGGGGAGGGAUGAUACACAGGGUUAUUUGUCUAUGAACAGACUCAGAAAGGUAUUUAAUGGUUUCUCACAGAACUAAACUUACAAAUGGCCAGGGUCUAACAGAUUUGUCCCAUUCUUUCCCACCACAUUGAGCCAUAAGUCAGAAGCUCUCCCUCUGUGAGAUGCCCCAGGAUUAGUGUCUCCAUUUGUUUGACCUGGUGUUAGCAGUAGCUUUUGUGUUACAUGCUGGCCAUAAAUUCAGAGAUGGUGCUACUAGUCUUUAGGAUGUGUUUAGACUUCUAAAUAACUCUGUUAUGAAUACUUAGGGAUGACCAGUAUGUUCCAUCUUUUGCCCUCCUGAUUCACCUACUUGCCUUAAUCUGCUCCUAAAUGCAAUUAAAUUUCAGUGAAAACAAGGGAGUGUGUCAAUCAGGGAUGUGCCCCGUGAAGAGCACCAUCUGGGCUGCAGUGGAGGCAGGCGCAGCAGCAGCCAGGAGGGAGAAGGAGGUGUCGCCAUAGUGCCCCGGCAGUGGAAGGGUAUGUGUGGACACCAGACAUACCAGAACUGCCAGGUGUGGCCUCUCAGAAUCCCCCCUAAAAGUAAUAUGAGAGGGGCAAUCCAGGUGUCUUCUUUGCCAAAUGCUGUUUGUAACCGGCUAUCACUUCCUGACACUGGGCUGGUCCCCAAAGUUGUCCUAGUCCAGUUUUCUGCAUCCUAAAAUGCCAGCCCAAAUAAGUGGCUGGGUAGGAUGGAGACCUUCUGCCCCUUCCUUGGCUGCUGCAGUAGCUCUGCCUGCCACGUGGCGCAGCACCCCGCCCCUCCUCCGGAGCUCAGGCAGCAGCGGGCGCCCUCUGCUUCCCAGGUGGCCCCAUAGCAUUUGGGUGUGAGUAAAGUCAAACCCGGAAGGUAUAACCUCUGUAUUAAUAUCUGAAUGGUGUUCCUCCUCUUAAAACUUCUCUGACCAUCUUCAGAGUGCUUUUUUCUUUUCCCCAGUAUUGCUACCGAACUCUCACAUUCCCCUUCUUCCCAAAUUCAUACAAACUGCUCCUCUCUAAACUUCAGUUUAAAGGACAAACCAAAACUGUAAGGCUGUUGCCGGCAGGGGGGUAGUGGGACACGUUUGCAGUGGCUGGGAUGGCGGAAUGGCAGUUUGAAUUUGAGAGAUUAGCCACCCAGUUUUUCCUUCCCCAGAUGCCAAAGGGUAUUCCUGUUUGACAAACAAUAUGCAGAAAUAAGGGAACCAGCCCACUGACAUACUCAGUCACCUCUCCCGAAAGUCUGUAUAGCGCAGAUUACGUGCUGUGUUUGGCUGUUUGCCACCCCUUGAAUGGCCGUGGGACACUCCGUUUGGUUUAGCCGGGCCAGCGAACAGCCCCUCCUUUCCCUGGCGCUGCAGGCCCGCCAGAGCGCACCUUUAUGGAGGCGAGGCAGGGAGGCGGUGGGGAAACUGAGAAGGGAGAGGACCAGGGCCGGGUGAUCAGGAUAAGGCGGGAAGUGGGAACCGAGGGUUCAUCUGUUCUGAAGUUAAUCCUUCUGCCCGCUUGGCAUGAGCUACUGCAUUUGAGUGGCGUCACAACAGUAAGAGGGAGAUGCAACAUCCGACUAUUUUCAGGACUGAUCUCCGGAGACACCCCUAGCUAAUGUGAAGACCAAGGAGCUGGGUCCUGGAAGGAGGUCUUGGAUCACUAACUACUGACAGGGAGGAGCAGGAUGGGCGGGGUGGGACAUGAGUGGGACCUAGGGCAGCCAGGACAUCAGGAGGCUCUGGGCCCUUGGGACUGAGGGAGGCACCACCCCAUCAGUCCCAGGGAUCCGUGCUGCACACAGUACCUCUGGGGUCAUCAGGGCUGUGAUGCCCAGGGCAUGCAACACCACUAGGCGAGAGUCACCCAAAACGGGGACAGUAGUCACAUUGUGCUCGUGCUUGCAGAUGUCCACUUACUAAGCAGUCAACAAAUGUUCGUGUGCCAGGCACUGUUCUAGGUGCUAGAGAAGCAGCAGAGACAAGCCCAGGUCCCCAAACUCGUGGAGCGUAAGGAACAGUGGAUGUGCCCUUGUUCACAAGGGCCGCUGGUCAGGGUAGGCAGAGCCGUGCACGUCCAUUUCCAAAACCAGACCUUAGGGAAUUCACAUUCAUGAGAUCUUCAUAAAAGAACACAGUAAACAUUGUAGCUGUAUUUUUAACUUAGUUCUUGGCUUCUCUGUCAGUUAGCUGAGGGCAUUUAACUAAGGAGUGAGUGGCAAGAAAGUUGCCAAUGUAAGUGCUUUACAACCUUACAGACUUGGUAUAUCAUUUAGGACUUUAGGCAAGAGUGUGGGAUGGAACAAGUUCUGCAGUAAAUGUUGUAAAAAGUGCUUUCUAGGAGGUAGGCAUGUAAGCAUGCAGCUGUAGGUUCCUUAAAGUGUGCAUAGUGUUUCCACAACUAAGUUGUCUCUUGUGUAUGUACCGGGUGCCACUGGUGGUUCCGUGUAUAGUCUGGUCGCUCGUCAUCCUCCCCCUCCCUGGCUUCUGUCGAGAUGUUACACUGACAUUACAUUGUGUACUGCAAAAACUACAUGAACUGGCUUGGAGGCUCACCUUUAUCUCACUGUUAUAUGGUAAACAUGAACCACCUAGCCCCCCACUGAAUCUCCCAGGAGAACUGGCCAGGCCUGCUGUCUCUGAGGGGACUGAAGGUUACAGAAGAGCCGGGACUGUCUGCUGAGUGCCGCACGCCUCCUGUGGUUGUCAGGCAGAACACUCAGCAGCCCCCUCCUUCGGCUCCCCUUUCCGCCUGCGGGUCUGCCAUUUGAUUGGUAUUUUUAACUUUCACUUGGAUGAAACUUGUUCAUCAUUUUAAAUAAAGCAACUGAUUUGGA